GGAUUAUUCCGAGAGCUGUUUUAGGAUCUCUUCAUCCGGAGUGAACUGAUAGGAAGCUCAGCAAUCUACCGAUGAUUAGAAGACAAACCCGUAAAAUUUAUCAAAUAUUCCUGCUAUUGACGUAAUUAAAUUUGUUAAGCCACUGUAGUCGACAGUGAAAAAUGAAACCCGACUAAAUGCUGCAGAAGCUUUGCUUUCGAAAAGCUCAAUAUUCAUUCAUAAAUGUCGUACAAGCACACUUCCAACAAAAAUUUAACACUCGCUUGUGUUGAGAGCCAAUGUAAUUGCAAUUUGAGGUGGGGAAGCCACAAACCCGACAAAAGAGAGCAAGAAAGUCUCUCACGCAGCCACCUGAGUUGCUCCGAAAGUUGGCCAAUUGCUAAGUGGGUGGUUGAAAGCCGCCAAGUAUACUCCAUCUCAUUAUGUUGGGAGUUGUUGCUGCUGGCCGAAGCUCGGGUGAUGUGCUCCAACUCUGCUAUCACUAACGGCAAGAGCCAACCUAACUGGUUUAGUCAUUUACGUGACGGCAUUCAAGUCAGUCGUUUUUAAGCUUUCGCGUUGUGCAGUCGUGUUGGACGCAGUGAGCGCUUGCCAGCUGAAUGUAUUGAGUUGAUUGUGCGGUGUAAACGAAUAAGCUGAAAUUGUAGCCAGUGCCGGAAUCGGAAAUCAAGAAUUUAAUUCGCGAUAAAAGUGCUGGUGUGUUUUAUAAAUUUAAUAUAAAAUUUACAAGUGUAAAAUUGUCAAAGUGUAAAGUACAAUAAACGAGUUUGCUGCCUUUGAGCUUGUGAAAAAAGGUGCGCCACACACAUAAACGUACGCGAGAACCGUCUACUCCUUGCAGCGGUCCCAAAAGAAUAUUCUGGUGUCUCCACAAAGCAUAAAUUAAACAACAGCAAGGGCAUAUACAAAUAGCCACAGCAGCUAAAAAGACGGGCUCAGAGCAAACAAAUUUUUUUGCUUCUAAAGCGUCUGCUUACUGCCCGGCUUCAACUAAAUUGAGCACCAACUUCAGCUCAGCCACCCAGAAGUGCGUGUGAUCCAAAACAGCUGUGUCUUUGAAAGUACUCGUGACCGAAGUGCAUGCCAAGGAAUCAAAUACAACAACCACAAAAAGAAUUUCUACAAAUUUUUCACACACAACGGUGCAUAAGUGUGCGUGUUUUGACUGAAGUGGCCGCAAGCUCGAAUAUCAAGUAGAUUUGUAAUCAACAAACCAAGCAAUAGAACGGUGAAAUAAUAGGCAAUUUGUGUAAAAUAAAUAACGGAAGUGUGUGACGGAAGACGCGCUACCGAAAUGGAUCACUAAAUAGGAAAAAAAGAGUGGAAAAACAAGAGAGAGUGAGGUGGAAAAACAUACACUGCCAUUAUAAAUUUUCCUAGCUCAUCCAUAGCAGGAGGAAUUUUUACAACAACACGUAAAGCAAAUAAAAACAAAAACUAAUAUGUUUCUGCCAGUCAAAUCAAAUAUCUCAACGGAGAAUAAUUCCGCGGGUGGCAACAAUGAGGACGUCACUACCACCAGCAACAAUUCCACACAAACACCAAGCGACUUAAGCCCACCGGGUCCGAAUGAGGAGGUCUUGCCGCAGGCGCAUCAUCAAAAUCCCGGCCACUGCAUCGCCUCCUUUGCGGCCAUCAAUCAAAUGCGCAACAACACGCAGCUUUGCGAUGUUUCUCUGGAAGUGGGCGGCGAAACUAUACAAGCUCACAAAGUGGUACUUGCCUCUGUCUCACCAUAUUUCUAUGCCAUGUUCAACGAUGAUAUGCUGGAGCGCAACCAGGGCGCAGUACGUUUACACGAUGUCGAUGUGACGGCGCUGCGUCAACUCAUCGACUACACCUACACCGGUGAGAUCACCAUAACCGAGGACAAUGUGCAGGUGCUCUUGCCCGCCUCCAGUUUGUUGCAAAUUCAUUCAGUGCGCGAGGCAUGCUGCAAAUUCUUGCUGCGCCAGCUGCAUCCAUCCAACUGCCUGGGCAUACGCAGUUUUGCAGAUGCUCAUUCCUGCAAGGAGCUGCAUACGCGUUCACAUAAAUAUGCGCUACAAAACUUUCAGCAGGUCGUUGGAACCGAGGAGUUUUUACUUUUGCCAUUCGACGAGGUCAAAGAUCUGAUAUCAAACAAUCAACUGAACAUUUGCUCCGAGGAGAAAGUAUUCAUUGCUGUCCUGAAUUGGGUCAAGCAUGAUCUGGCCGAACGUCAAUGCCACAUAGCCGAAUUGAUGAGCCACGUACGCUUGCCAUUGGUCGGGCGAGACUUUCUUAUGACUUGCGUGGAGACGGAGGCGCUCAUACGCGAGGACGGUCAAUGUAAGGAACUCUUGCUCGAAGCCAUGAAAUACCAUUUACUGCCAGAACAGCGCAGCUUGAUGAGCAGCCAACGCACACAAGAGCGCCGACCGGAGGGCAUGAAGCCAUAUGUGUUCGCCGUGGGUGGCGGCAGUCUCUUCGCCAUACACAACGAGUGUGAGGUGUACAAUCCGCGCACCAACGCCUGGACGCCCAUCGCACCGAUGUUGUGGCGCCGCUCACGUUCCGGUGUGACGGCGUUGCACAAACAGCUCUACGUCGUCGGCGGUUAUGAUGGCGUAAGCGACCUAAGCACUGCCGAAUACUACAACCCGCUGAUUAAUAAGUGGACCAACAUCACGCCGAUGGGAACGAAACGCUCGUGUCUCGGCAUUUGCGCAUACGACGGACUGCUGUAUGUUUGUGGAGGCUACGAUGGUGCAUCGUGCUUGAGCAGCAUGGAACGUUACGAUCCGUUGACGGGCAUUUGGAGCUCAUGUCCUGCAAUGAAUACGCGCAGACGCUACUGUCGCUUAGCGGUGUUGGACAACUGCAUUUACUCUUUAGGUGGUUUCGAUUCCACCAACUAUCAGUCGAGUGUGGAGCGUUUUGAUCCACGUGCGGGACGUUGGUUCCCCGUACAGAGCAUGACAGCGCGACGCAGCAGCUGCGGUGUGGCCUCUUCUGAUGGCUACUUGUACUGCAUUGGUGGCAACGAUGGCACGAUGUGCAUGUCGAGCGGAGAGCGUUUCAAUUUGCGGCGCAACGCGUGGGAACCGAUCGCUGCGAUGCAUUCCAGAAGGUCCACACACGAAGUAGUCGAAGUGGACGGCGCGCUAUACGCUCUUGGCGGCAAUGACGGCUCAUCCUCGCUCAAUUCCGUGGAACGUUACGACACGCGCCUCAACAAAUGGACUGUAGUCAAUUCGAUGGUAGCACGUCGCAGCUCUGUCGGCGCAGCGGUGCUGGAGUGUUUCCAUCUCGAACGCGGAUUGGUGCAGACAACGAACUUAUGACCUUUGUCGACAAUAGCCGAAACGUUUGCAGCGGCGGCAGCAGCAGCCGUAGUAGUUGGAAAUGGUAGUGGCGGCGGCGCGGCAACGGCGAAUGGCGGCAGCAGUAACCAUCAAGCAACGACCACAAAUGGCGUCACAUCGACGCUGACGAACAAUCUCAUCGUGCCGGGACGUGCAGUUAGUGGACGCAGCAUGCUGGGCGCAGCCGAAGUGAGCGGCAGCAUUGGCAGUCUGAUGAGCAGUAGCACGAAUGCGCUCAGCACUUCGGCGCCGACGACGACGUCCACAUUACGACGUUUACGCGAACGCGAGAGGGAGCGUGAAAGAGAGCGUGACAGCAGCAGCGCGGAGAAUCGUGUGAAUGGCGUUGUGGUAGCCGGAAGCGGAAGUAGCAAUGGUGCAGCAGCAGCUGGCGCAAGCGUUAAUGGCACAGGCGGCGCUACAACUAGCAAACCACCGUCAACCGCUUGAUGUCUGCGCUUCAAGUGAUGCGAGCGGGGGGAGUAAAUCUAAUAAGUGCAGACUUAUUAAGCGAAAAUGAAGGAAUUGAGAGUUUGUGGGUGAGAUAAGUAGAAUGUGGGGCUAUAUGAGUGAGUAGCGGCUGAAGAAAGAAGAUAUAUGAAGUUAUAGUCUGCGAUGUAGAGCCGCGCGGGGAAGUUAGUGGCAAGCUAAGCAGUAUUUCUAGUCAUACAAGGCAAGAUAUGUGUGUAAAUUGAGCUGGUUUUGAAGUAUGUUUGAGAUUGUGUCGGAAACUGUGUGCGUAACAGUAAAGUAAUGGCUAGCACUCUCGUUAAAUUAUAUAUUUAAUUAUGGUAAUGUAUUAGGUCGUUAAGGCGUUGAUGCAAUUUUCCAAUUUUCCAUAGCCUUUUUAUGUAAGAAUAUAAUAUUUUUUACAAGCCUUCGCCCGCCACGACCAUACUAAUGCACACACAUUCAUUAGCACAUACAUACGUAUAUACCUGUACAUUAGGGUGUACAUUAUUUCCACAGUUGAUAUUUUUUGCAAACGCUCCUAAUUUUUAAAUGAAUAGUUUUAUGGGAAGCACUCUCCCCCACUAAAUCCACCGCGACCAUAUUAGCAAGCUGGACGAAGGAGUACAAACUUCACCGCAAUAUUGCAGUAGAUGGCGUUAAACAUCCGAUUGUCAAUAUCUCCUAUCAAACAUAUGCACAGUGAGGCCCAUAUGGUUCCAGUUAAGGAGCAUAAUGAACUCCUCUCCAAGCAGUUUCUGCUAGGGUGUAUUCGUAGAAAUCAUCCCUGUAGUCACCUGCUUAAAGCUUCCCCUAGGUCCUUUCCCAACUAAGUCGACAACAUAAGAUAAUAGACUGACUAGACUUCGGACGCAACUUACUUCCGACAAGCACUGCCCGCCAUUCACAGUGGAGCCAUCAACACCUUCACCGACUCCCUAUCAGUUAGUGGCGUACUUAGACUCUAACCACCACCUAUUGCAGACGAAGACCUCGAGUUGCCGCGAGAAAUGAGAGUGACCUUUGCACAGCUUUGUUCUAAAUACUGUAGUAGGUUAAACUCGCACUUAUCCAGAAUCGACCCUGACAUAUCAAACAUAUGUCCAUCAUGCAACGAGUCCCCGCAUGACUCUAACCAGCUCUUUGCAUGCCCAGCUAAUGCUACACAUCUGACACCUCUAUCCCUAUGGUCCGUCCCCGUCGAAACAGCAUGUUUCCUCAGCCUACCCUUGGAUGACCUCAAUGACAACUUAUCAGAACUUUACUACUUUAACGGGGAUUAGAUAAUCCAAACCUUUUGCAGCUUGAAUGGGAUGUGCCGCACCCGCUACAUUCUGUGGACUUGGCAUCUUCGGCCUAUUACUCGUUCCGGUCUCGGCAAAAUUAUUUGGAUGGUAAAACCUUUACCUCCCCUUUGUUUACGUUGGCUUCUUUGUGAAUUAAGCAAGUAAGAGCUGACCCUUUAGUUGACGUUUGCAAAAAAAAACUACUUGGUAAAUGACGGACACCCUAAUAUACAUACAUACUUAUGUAAUUAAAAUAACGUUUUAUAUGUACAUACACACACACAUACACAUUUAUACAAUUAAAUGCAAAAAAUUUUAAGCCGAUUAAGGGCGAAAACAAAUAUAAUUAUUGCAUACAAAUUUAAAAACUAAAAACUAACCUAAAAAAUAAAACUUUACUGCCCCUAUUAGCUAGUUUUACACUAAAAAAAUGUUGAAAUGCAACAAAAAGUUGGUUCAUGAUUAUUUAGGGAAUGCGUUAUACAAGAUUUUGCAGGUACGCAACACAAAAACAACAAAUUAUAAAAAAAAUAAAAAAAAACGAAUUAAAAAAUAUCAAAUUUUGGUGCGCAAGUAAGGCAAGCAAAUGGAAUCGAAUAGCGAAAAAUCUACAAAUAUUUAUUAAAAACAAACAUAUGUACUAUGUGUAUAUAUGUACAUAAAUACAUAAGUAUAUAUGUACAUACCUACAUACAUACAUAUAUACAUAUGUAUUGAAUUAUAAAUUUUUUAUAAAUUUAUUUAAUGUCUUAGCAAUAAUUAAUUAAGCGAUAAAUAAAUACAUACAUGAAAAUAAGCAGAAAAUGUUAAAAGAAAAUUUAUAACAAAACUGCAUACACAUACAUACAUUAAUAUAAAAAAUAUAUAUAAAUAAAUGAAAAUAGUUUUAGAUAUAUUAGAUUUUAGCAUUAAAAAAGACAACUUCUAACCACCUACCCACAAACUACGAUUUACCUAAUACUAAGUGUACUACAAACAAGCAAAUAAGAAUCAAUUUAUACAUAAAAUAUACUUACAUACAUUCAUACAUAGUUAUGUGUUCGCAGAAGAAGACGAGAAAGAAAAUAGUUGAAUAUUACAACAAUAAAAGCGUUAUGCAUAUACAUAUGUAUUACGAAUUUUCACACACACAUGCAUUCAACUACUCAUCAUUUAUACAUAUACUAUAAUACAAUACAUACAUAUAUACAUAAAUACAUGUGUAGCAAUACAAUAAAGCAAAUUUUAAGGACUAUUUAUAUGUGUGUCUAAAGGCCACCAUUUGAGAUGUCCACUUAUUGGCACUCUCCGGCCGCAACAAACCGAAUUCUUAUGCAAUUACUAACAAUUCAAAUACAUAUAAACAAUUAUGGCGAAA